AAAGACAUUUUAAACUACUGAACGACCAAAGAAAUCAAGCAUUAGCAAGAGCGCUGAAAUAAAGCUGCAGAGACAUACCCAACAAGCAAGCUUCUCUGACGGCAGGGCGGGGGCGACCCAAGCGUUACGCAAGGUCUUUGGUGAAAGCAAGCAGUAGCUUGCGCCUCAGCAUACAGAGUUGAGAAGCGAACGAAGUCAGAAUAGCGACAUUCGUGUAUCACCACACAAUGCAGUGUAAAUCAUCGCCAGUGGCUGCGGGGGCUGCGCUAGUGCUGCUCUUGGCGGUUGGAGCGCGCACUUACGACCCGGACGACGCCGCGCUGGCGACGGUGCUGCCGCCGGCGGGCUCCUUCGAACCGUUCUACGCGCGCGCCGCGUUCGGGGCCGGCGGCGGCAGCGCUAGCGCUGGAGCGGGAGCGGGCGCGGGCGCGGGCGACGACGGCGGCGACGAAGAGGACGACGGCAGCGAGUCGGUGCGGGCGCCGCAUGGCCACGCCACCUUCUACAAGCACCGCCACCCGGCGCUGGUCGACGCCAAGAACGCGGCCGCGUACGGCUUUCGCUUCGACGGGGGACGCCGCUUCAACUACGACUGAUGGGAGGGCAGGAGGCAGCGGAGGACUCACGUGAUGUACGCGGGCGCGUAGCCGAAUGUACAGUACCGGCAGCGUCUAAGCGACUUUGCCACACACUACUAUGUGACACCAUCUACAUCGCAGAUAAAUUAAAUCUCAGAACAUUAACGCUACGUCGUGAUAUGUCCAUAACUUGCGCCAAUGCCGGAUGUUAUCGCCUCCGCGACUUCGUGUGAGGCAGAUGAUCGGCUACGUUGAACCCUGGUUGUAAGAAAGUAAAGAAAUCACCGCAAGCUGAUUGCUUCAGAGCAGGUCACAUGACGUACGUGGCGAGAGAACUGUCAGAGUCGCUUACAAGUUGUCGGUACUGUAGGUUAGACAAGGCCUGGCCAAUCCGAAUGACUGCACGAGCCACGAUGGUGACGCGUAAUGUUACAGCAGGGCCGCUCUUUAGGAAAACUCGCUUAAAAAAAAUAAUAAAAUAUUACAGAAUGAAUAAAACGUUUUUGUUACACUAUCAUUCUAUAUAAUUAACUCCGUUCACAGCUGGUUUUGUUACUAUUGCAUUGGCGCAUUGUGAAGUUAGCCAUAACAGUUCAAACUCGUAGUUAGGAUAUUCGAAACUUGAACGCUUACAAUAUCCCUCAAG